CUCCAUUCAGCUUACUUUUUCGCUCUAGAUCCGAGGAUAAUGGAUGAACACGAAAUUAUUUCCUUCGCCUCUACUGUUGAGCUCAUUAUGGGAACAGUCCUGAAUAUCAUUUUCAUCUAUGCGAUAAGGAAUGGAACACGACAUGCUGUUGGUCAAAUCUACAAACAUAUGAUGACUUGCUUCGCGAUAUGCAAUAUCGCUUUCGUAUUGACAGAAUUCACUGCCAAACCUGUGCUGAGGAAACAGUCCGAGGCAAUGAACGUACUUUCAACUCACGGUCUUUUUGAACGAGCAAAGCCUUGGGGUCUUCUUUCCUUGUGCCUAUUCAUGGGGAUGUAUGGCAUUAAUACAGCUCUUCUAUCACUUCACUUCGUUUAUAGGUACAUUGCCGUGUGCAGGUCAGUAUUAAAUUUGUUCGGAUUAAAAGAGACAUAUUGUUAUACUAUUAAGUUGCCUCGAAAA